GGAUAAUGUGCAAUUAGAAAUGUGCCCUUCGGACGAGGUCAGACAAGCUUGGAAACAUGAACCAUCGCUUGUCUUCGUCUUCGAGCCCCUCCCUUCUUCCCAUCCCGCUGCCGAGCAACGCCUCAGCCCCAUCGCUCCGUCUCUCGUCUUCCUCCUUGUGCGAGCGCCUCCACCGCAGAAGGUGUCUAUUGAAUCCGACUUUCGGCAUUGCCUCCUCAGAAGAUAUAGAGGGAUCUUUCAGCCCUCUACUUUUACAUUACUCAAGAAUCGCGGGGGUGCUCUAAUAGGUCUAUGCACCCUGUGUCCAUCUCCUUACAACACUUCACUGCAAAUCCGACACACAAAUUUUCCUCAAGCAGGAGCACUCAUGUGAGGCAUUCCUGUGACUUUGUCAAGCUGACGACAGUUAAAAGAAAUAGAGGACACCAGGCUAUGAAUUCCAGACCAGAUUCUCCUUCCAGGUCUGAAACGACAGGAGGACAGGAUUAUACUGUGGGAGAAAAUGAUGGUGUGAUAAUAGUCGAUCAUGGGUCACGUCGACAGGAAUCUAAUCUCAUGCUAAAUGAUUUUGUUACAAUGUUCAGGGCAAGGACUGGCUACAGGAUUGUUGAACCAGCUCAUAUGGAGCUAGCUGAGCCUACUAUCAAGGAAGCAUUUGGAAAAUGCGUGCAGCAAGGAGCAUCCCGUGUUAUUGUCAGUCCAUAUUUCCUUUCCCCUGGACGACACUGGAACCAAGAUAUCCCUUCUUUAGCAGCAGAAGCCUCUAAAGAGCACUCGAAUGUGCCCUACAUCGUCACUGCUCCUCUUGGAUUGCAUGAGCUUAUGGUGGAUGUUAUGAAUGAUCGUAUCAAGUACUGCCUGCGGCAUGUUGGCGGUGAUGCCAAUGAGUGCACAGUAUGUGCUGGGACUGGAAAGUGCCGCCUCUACUCUUGAUGCCCGAGUCGUGGAACGUACUUUGCUGGAAGUUGAAUCUGUGGUAUAAUUUUGGCAAUUGUAUUUGAAGCGAUCUUGCUUUACGCUUAUCAGCAGCACAAAACCCGAUCUUGUACCAGCUAAACUAGAACCAUGUACUGUUGGUCUCAGCGGUUUUGUUCAAUCUUGUAGAUGUGGAAUGUCUCCAUUCAGUUCGUC